GAGAGCAAGGGAGGGCGGGAGCAAGGAGGCGGAGGCGCCGGUGUCUCCGCCGCAGCAGCCAGUCCCCGGCCGGCGAAGCCGUUACUUGAUCUGCUUCCUGGGGCUUGCUUUCGUUUUUCCCGGGGUCGCCGCGCUUCCUCGCCAGCGCGCCUCGGAGGCACCGUCCCGGCCAGCGAUCCUGAUCUGGUGGGAGGGUAAAGCCAGAACGAGGGACGCAAGGAAGCCGCCCUUUCCCCGCUACACCUGGGGAGGACAGCGCAGGUGAGCAGCGCCGCCCGCCCUGCGGUCCAGGAUGCUGGGGACGAUGAUCCGCGGGAGUCUCCUUCGGAGGAUCGGGACCACGUCCCGGCCACGCCCGGUGUUCAGGAUCCCCCGAAGCCGGCGCGCCUUCCAUUCAGGAGACACCUACCCUUCCCCUUCUAAAGGCGCCGGGAUCAAAAAGAGGGGCUAUGACGUCACGAGGAACCCCCAUCUCAACAAGGGAAUGGCUUUUACCCUUGAAGAGAGGCUGCAGUUGGGAAUCCACGGCCUGCUUCCUCCUUGCUUCUUGAGCCAAGACGUUCAAGUUCUCCGUGUCCUCAGAAGCUAUGAGACCAAAUCCAAUGAUCUAGACAAAUAUAUCAUCUUGAUGACCCUUCAAGACCGAAACGAGAAGCUCUUCUACCGAGUUCUCACAUCAGACAUUGAGAGAUUCAUGCCAAUCGUGUACACUCCUACCGUUGGUCUGGCCUGUCAACAGUAUGGGCUAGCUUUCAGGAGACCUCGUGGGCUGUUCAUUACCAUUCAUGACAAAGGACAUAUUGCAACGAUGCUGAAUUCAUGGCCUGAAGAAAACAUUAAGGCUAUUGUGGUGACCGACGGAGAGAGAAUUCUGGGUCUGGGAGAUCUAGGUAGUUAUGGCAUGGGUAUCCCAGUCGGGAAACUUGCUCUCUACACGGCUUGCGGUGGCGUCCACCCGCAGCAGUGCCUGCCUGUCCUUCUUGAUGUUGGCACAGACAAUGAGGCCCUUCUGAAUGAUCCGCUCUACAUUGGCCUGAAGCACAAGAGGGUUCGUGGGAAGCCAUACGAUGACCUACUUGAUGAAUUUAUGCAAGCCGUCGCGAACAAGUAUGGAAUGAAUUGCCUCAUUCAGUUUGAAGACUUUGCCAAUGCAAACGCCUUCCGUCUUCUCAACAAAUACCGCAACAAAUACUGUACAUUCAACGAUGACAUUCAGGGAACUGCUUCCGUAGCAGUAGCUGGAAUUCUUGCUGCCUUAAGGAUCACAAAGAACAAGCUUUCUGACCACAAGUUUGUCUUCCAAGGAGCUGGAGAGGUGAGGGAAGGCCAACAAAAAUCACAGUGUCCCAUUCUUUUACUCCCUCCUGAGAUUCGCGCGGCCCCUACGCUGGGUACAUUCAAAACUCAACUGAAAACAUGGCUGUAUGUCAAGGGCAGGAGCCACCUGAAUCAUGAAAAGGACAUGUUCGCUCAUGAUCAUCCCAGUGUGAAAACCCUGGAGGACGUGGUGCGGACUGUAAAACCAACAGCCAUCAUUGGUGUGGCUGCUGUGGCUGGAGCCUUCAGCGAUCAGAUUUUGAAGGACAUGGGGACCUUCAACGAGAGGCCCAUCGUGUUUGCCCUCAGUAACCCCACAAGCAAAGCAGAGUGCACAGCUGAGCAGUGCUACCGCUUGACAGAGGGGCGAGGGAUCUUUGCCAGCGGCAGCCCGUUUCCCAAGGUGACCCUGCCCAACGGACAGACCUUCUUCCCCGGCCAAGGGAACAACGCUUACAUUUUCCCAGGAGUGGCUCUGGGAGUUAUCGCCUGCGGAGUUCGCCACAUUUCUGAGGACAUCUUUCUUACCACAGCAGAGUCAAUUGCAGCCGAAGUGACAGAUAAGAACCUUGCGGAAGGAAGGCUGUAUCCCCCUCUGAGCUCCAUUCGAGAUGUCUCCUUUAAAAUUGCUGUCAAAGUAAGUGGCCUCAUGUGUUGAUUCUGGUGAGAAGGG